AUGGAGUCCAAUUUAACAGUGGACACGUCGGGCGUGCGGCCGACGUCGACCGGCGGCGAGUCGAUAAAAGUGGUCGUUCGUUGUCGACCAAUGUCGGAAAUGGAGGUUAAACAAGGGCAUGAGAAGUAAGAAAAACCCAAAAAAAAUUCUCGUUUUUCCAAAAAAAAAUCUUAUUUUUCAAAAAAAAAUAAAAAAUACUUUACCUUUUCAAAAAAAAAUUUAAAAGACUCUUAUUUUUUCAAGAAAAAAUAAAAAAAAUUAAUUGAAAAAAUAAAAAAUUCCCUUUUUUUUAAGAAAAAAUCAAAAAAAAAAUCAAAUUUUUUGUGUCAAAAGGACUUGUAAAGCACAAGCCAUGCAAGUCUCUGCUUUUUCCAGUGUGGUGGAAAUGUCGCCGAACCGCGGAGUUGUGGACGUGAAAAACCCCAAAGACGGGACCCUGAAGAGCUUCACCUUUGAUUCGGUCUACGACCACAACUCGAAGCAGAUGGACCUGUACUACGAGACGUUCCGCGACCUCGUGGAUUCGGUCCUCAACGGCUUCAACGGCACGAUUUUCGCGUACGGCCAGACCGGCACGGGCAAGACCUUCACGAUGGAGGGCGUGGAAAGCGAUCCCGCCCUGCGCGGCGUCAUUCCCAACGCCAUCGAGCACAUCUUCCAACACAUUGCGCAGUCGUCGAAUCAGGAGUACCUGGUGCGCGUGUCGUACUUGGAGAUUUAUCAGGAGGAAAUCCGCGACCUCAUGUGCAAGGACGCGAAGAAGCGGCUCGAGCUGAAGGAGCGGCCGGAUACGGGUGUCUAUGUCAAGGAUCUCACGUCGUUUGUGACCAAGUCGGUUCAGGUGAGCGAAUAUUUUCGGGCGUUUUGAUUUGCAAUUUAGUUGGCGAGGUUUCGAAAUACAGUGACGGACCUGAUCCAGUGGCAAAAAAACGUACCAUUUUGCAUCCGGGAAGUAUCAAAAAUACAGCAAAAUGUCUCCCUCUCCAAGUAAAAAACUCAGUUUUGAAAGGCACUUUGAAGAAGAGUUUUGAAACCGGAGUUUUUUCACUUGGAGAUGGAGGUAUUUCGCUACAUUUUUUAAUACUUCCCGGAUGCAAAAUGGUACGUUUUUUGCCACUGGAUCAGGUCCGCCACUGUAUCAGUUUGUCGGGAAAAUAAUGAUCGAAAAUCGCAAAUUAAUUGUGUCGUGACAAAAUCAAAUUGCUUUUCACUUCAGCGACACGAUUGGCCCAGCGACAUUAUGCUCAUUAUUUUCCCGACAGACUGCUACAAUAUUCUAGUUGUUUAUGGGGUGUUUUUCAGACCCCAUAAACUUCAUUUUUUUGGCCAAUUGAAAAUUUUAACCGGGAUUUUUUGGACGCCAAGAGACUCUUGGAAUUCUAUUUUGCUUUUUCUGGAGGAAGCCCGGCCCGAUGGGCUUUCUCCACAAAACCUAACCCUAACAAAAAGUAUUAAUAAUUUUUCAGGAAAUCAAGCACGUCAUGAAACUCGGCAACGAGAACCGGAGCGUCGGCCGGACAAGCAUGAACGAGCACUCCUCUCGCUCCCACGCCAUCUUCAUAAUCACCGUCGAGUCGUCGGAACGAGGCAUUGACGGCAACAACCAUAUUCGUGUGGGUCGCUUGAAUCUGGUUGAUUUGGCGGGAAGUGAGCGACAAGCCAAAACCGGAGCGUCUGGGGAGCGGCUCAAGGAAGCGACAAAAAUUAAUUUGUCGCUGAGCGCACUGGGCAAUGUGAUAUCAGCGUUGGUGGACGGGAAAAGCAGUCAUGUCCCUUAUAGGGACAGCAAGUUGACAAGGCUGCUGCAAGGUGGGUUUUGAGAAAUCUUUUGCGGGGAAAAUUGCGUUAGCGGAGAGAGAUUUGUAAAAUACGACAGUCAUUUUCAACAUGAUGAUGUAGCUGAUAGAUGCACUAAACUUUUUAGCUUUUUUCUCAAGGGAUUUUUUUUAAUUGGUCACAAAAAACGUAUCCCGAGUUUUCGGGUCGACGACAGUUCGGAUCAACACAAAAUCUAUCGAUACGGGGCGUGGAUGCCCAAAAAAGGUUGUAGAAGUGCCUGCGGCGCCUGGCAAAGCCGUUGGAUGGUCGGCGGAGGCUCGGCGAAGACUUGCAAUAUGUCCACUUUUUCUAAUUUUAGCUAUUACUAAGGGUAGCUGUCUUUACCCUGAGUUAUUGUAACAUUUAAAAGACCAAAAUUUGCGGUAAAAAACGAAGAUCCGUUACUUUUAUAUAGAGAUUAGGGAUGUGAGAACAUGUAAAGUACUUAAAAAUAGAUGAGAAGCUGUUCUAGGACCCGAUUAAUCUUAUUAUUUCUGCGAACUAAUCCUUCUCCUAAAACAGACAACAUCAACACAUGAAACAAAAUCGUAUUUUACCAUUUGCUUUCGUUUUUUGCCGCAAAUUUUGGUCUUUUUUAUGUUACAAUAACUCUGGGUAAAGAGACCUAACCUUAGUAAUAGCUAAAAUUAGAAAAAGUGGACAUAUUGCAAGUCUUCGCCGAGUCUCCGCCGACCAUCAAACGGCUUUGCCAGGCCUCGUAGGCACUUCCUACAACCUUUUUUUGGGUAUCCACGCCCCGUGUCGAUCGAUUUGGUGUUGAUCCGAGCUGUUGUCGACCCAAAAAGUCGAGAUACGUUUUUUGUGACCAAUAGAAAAAAAAAUCCCUUGAGAAAAAAGCAAAAAACUUUAAUGUAAACAACAAUUAUCAUGUUAAAAAUGAGUCCUGUAUUUUUAAAAUUUCUACCUGCUCGAGGCCCCAUAUUGAUUUUUUUGGCGGCGAAGAAAAAAGACUUCGUAUUUUACCAAGAAUUUUCUCCUCCCAGCGUGCUUUUUCUCUAACUUUGCCUCUAUUUUCAGACUCGCUCGGCGGAAACUCAAAGACCGUGAUGGUGGCGAAUAUCGGACCUGCCUCGUACAACUACGACGAAACAGUGAAUACGUUGCGGUAUGCGAAUCGCGCCAAGAACAUCAAAAACAAGCCGAGAGUCAACGAGGACCCGAAGGACGCCAUGCUUCGCGAAUUCCAAAAUCAAAUUGCGGAGUUGAAACGGAAGUUGGAGAUGCGGAUGACGUCAUCGGGGAAGAGGAAAAAGAGAAGGCCAAAGACGGCGACGAGCAUGACGAGCGAUGAAAUUACGGAGGAAGGUGGGUAUAAAAAAUGUUUUUCUAGCAAUGAGAGCCUUCAAAUCCGACGCACAGCAAGUGGGGGUCAAGUCUGACCAUCAUGGGUCAAGUUUUUCUCUCUCGGAAAACAUGCUGUGCAAUUCUCUGAUUUUUUUUCAAAUUUUGCACACGCGUAGCGCAUGGGCUACAUAUCAAUUUCUGAAAGUUUUAGCUUGCCCUUUGUAGGCGCAACUGAUAUUUUAAACCAUCUUUGUCGCCGUGAGAGUAUGUGAAAUGCGGAGAGCGAAGAGGGAAAAACACUUUUUGCUCGUAUCUUCGCCAAUUUUGCGCGGAAAAAGUCAAUUUUUUUGUGGAAUGAUUACCCUCUAUGGUAGAAAUAAGUAUGAAAUUUUUCAAGUCAAAAUUCGCUAAAAAGUGUCAAAUUUUUGCAGAAUUUUGAUCUAAAAAUCUCGGCAAUUUCUGCAAAAAGGAGAGGUAGGUUUGUCACGUGUAUAUUAGAAAGAAAUAGUUCUAAAUUUGUGCCAAGUUUCGUCAAAAUAUGAGCACUUCCCUUGUACAGUGGGGGACCUGAUCCAGUGGCAAAAACGUACCAUUUUGCAUCCAGGAAGUUUCAAAAAUGUGGCAAAAUGCUUCCCUCCCCAAGUGAAAAAACUCCGAUUUCAAAAGCGCGCCCGCUCUUUUUGUGAGGGAGCCAUUCAAAACGAAGUUUUUUCUCUUGGAGAGGGAGGCAUUUUGCCGCAUUUUUGAUACUUCCUGGACGCAAAAUGAUGCGUUUUUUGCCACUGGAUCAGGUCCGUCACUGUAAGCUUUUCAAAAUCUCCCUCUCUUUUCAGAAGAUCCCGAGGCCUACCUUCUGGAACAGCAACGCCGACUGGAUGAUGAAAGAGAGCAAAUCCUCCGCAACAACGUCCUUGUUGAAGAGGAAAAGCAGCGGAUGCUGAAGGAAAUCGAAGACAGGGAAAACGAACUGGCCCGCGAGUCCGAAGCCAAGGCCGCCAUCGAGGAGAAGCUGCAGAAAAUGCAAAGCAAACUGCUGCACGGCGCCGGGAAUCUGCUGGAUCAGACGCGCGAGCAGCAGCGGUUGCUGCAAGAACGGCAGAUCGAGCUGGCCGAGCAGAAGAAGCGAGAACGGGAGAUUUUACAGCAGCUGGAAAAACAGGAUGAGAAUACCGCCGAAUUUCAUGAGACAUUCACGAAUUUACAGCAAGAAAUUGAAGUGAAAACGAAGAAAUUGAACAAGUUCAUAAAGAAAUACAAGCAAAUCGGAGAGGAGAUUGAAGAGACGGUGGAGGUAAACUCGAAGGAAAGACAACAACUAGAAGAGAGCAUCAGCAAUAUGAAUAGAGAGCUGAAAUUGAAGUGAGUUUUUUUGGGAGCACACUGCAGAAAACGGUUUUAAAAAUCGGCUGAGGAAGCCUCAAGCCUGCCAGUUUAUGAGAAAAAUCUCUGGAGUGAGUUUUGGCGACAUGCACUGUGCGAAAACGAAGGUUCACUUUGCACUAUGCAAUUUCUUGAUUUUUGCACCGUGCAAUGGUCUUUUUUGGGCUGUCGUUCGAUUUUAACCGCUAAAAACCACCCCAGAGACUUUACGAGCGGACUACAGUGGCGGUGGCAAAAAAUGUACCAUUUUACAUCCGGGAAGUAUCAAAAAUGUAGCAGACUACUAGCCUGUCGGGAAAAUAAUGUGGAUUUGCAGCAUAAAAAUGUCUGACCUCGUCGUGCACCAAAUCAACAGCUGGGACCUGAUCCAGUGGCAAAAAACGUACCAUUUUGCAUCCAGGAAGUAUCACAAAAUGUCGCAAAAUACCUCCCUCUCCAAGUAAAAAACCUCCAAUUUCAAAAGAGCGGCUCUUUUUGUGAGGAAAAAGGCCCUUCAAAACGGAGUUUUUUAGUUGGAGAGGGAGGUAUUUUGCUACAUUGUUUGAUACUUCCCGGAAGCAAAAUUAUAUAUUUUUCCCCGGAUGCAAAAUGGUGCGUUUUUUGCCAUUGGAUCAGGUCCGCCACUGUAGUAUAACCAUACGUGUAAUAGUUCUGCCGGAGAGUCGCCGGACUGAAAUCAGCGACUGUGAGAAGACAAAUUUUCUUUGCACUGUACGAUUUUUUUCUUUUUGCACCGUGCAAUAGGCUUUUUUUUCUGCUGUCGCUCGCACCCUGACUUCUUUCGCACAAUUACGAACGCCUAAAAUCAAUCCGGCGACAUGCUAGCCCUUCCGGAAAGUCGCCGGACUGAUUUUGGGCGUUUGCACUGUGAAAAAAAAGUCAGGGUGGGGCGACAGCCCAAAAAACCUAUUGCACGGUGCAAAAAGCAAGAAACUGCACAGUGCAAAGAACUUUUGUCUUCUCAUAGUGCGUGUCGCCGAUUUCUGUCCGGUGACUUUCCGGAGGGACUACAGCACACAUCAAAAAAAAAAACCUUUUAGAAAAUUGAAAAAACAAGGAAUCUCGGAUCAUUGAUUUUUUUUGCGAAGUGCCACAGAAUUAUCGAGUUCGAAAAAUGAUUUUUUCGCUUCGAAAAAACAUUUUUCUCGAAAAAAACUUUUUCUCUGGGAACUUUUCUUUUGUGAUUCGAUAGUUCGGCGACAUUUCGUCAAAAAUCAAUGAUCCGAGAUCCCUUGUUUUUUACGUUUUUUUGACGUAUAGCUUCAAAAAUCUCUCGCUCCCCCAAAAAAUCUUAAUUUUCUAUCCAAACUCGCUAAAUUUUCAGAUGGCUAAUAGUCGAAAAUUUCAUUCCUCCCGAUGUCGUUCAAAGUCUUCGCGCUCGCGCCGUCCUGGACGAAGACGAAGACACCUGGUACAUUCUGAAGCCGGGCGAACAACCCAGGCCGAAGAGUCGGGAUUCCAACAACCAAUCCGUGACGGAGAAGCCGAUUCUCCGCGAAAUGAUGGACUCGGGACUUGGUGGCGGGAACAGUGACACCAGCUCCACCGACUCGGCAAUUCCCGGCCAAAACGCGAAAGUCGAGUCGGGCCGAAAGGUGGUGAAUGCGGCCGCCAUCAAACGACCCUACGCCAAUCCCGCCGCCAAACGCUUCUGCCUCGAUUCGGAGCGCCAACUGUUGACGCAACUCCGGCAACGCUACUUGCGCUCCGGCCCCCAUCUCGCGCGCCCAAUGUCCGGCUCGAAGCUGGAGAACGUGUUCAAACAACCGCUCGCCGUCGAAUGUCCGGAGACGGUGCUGAGGUUUCAGACCGAAAACUUGCUCACUUUCACCUCACUUUUGCCCUUCCCUUUGUCCGUCCGCGACGAUUAUGAGUUCGCCUGUCGACAGGAGCCGCAAGUGGUGGGUUUAUGAAAUUUUGGUGGCUUUUUAGACAAAUACAGUGACGGACCCGAUCCAAGUGGCAACAAACGUACCGUUUUGCAUCCGGGAAGCAUCAAAAAUGUGGCAAAAUGCUUCCAUCUCCAAGAGAAAAAACUUCGUUUUGAAAGGCUCCCUCAUAAAAAGAGCGGGCGCGCUUUUAAAAUAGGAGGUUUUUUCACUUGGAGAGGGAAGCAUUUUGCCACAUUUUUGUUACUUCCCGAAUGCAAAAUGGCACGUUUUUUGCCACUGGAUCAGGUCCCCCACUGUAAGCUUUGAAAUACGGUGCAUAAAGUUGGUUUAAAACACGAUUUUUGAGCCACUGCAUCGGCCAGUAGUGAGGCCCGGUCUUAUUGUUAGGAAAAAAUCGAUUUUGACAUUUUUGGCUUAAAAUAAUCGCUAGCACUUGUGGAAGAAAAGCUAAAAAUAUUUUUUUCCCAAUUAUGCCCGGAAGGCUUAUUAUUAAAUACUAAAAUUUGCUUCGAAGUCAUUAGUACAGCCUCGAGGUUCAGAAAACUCUUAAUACUGUUGUGUUGUCGUAUUUGGGCUUGUGAACUUAAUAUAGAACCUUGAAUAGGGCCCUCAAUUCACGUGUUCUAACCAAGCUCGUGACAGCUAUCAAGCGAUUAAAAAAUUCAAGAUUAUUUUUCACAUGCAAAGCUUCCUGUUCGCUGCAGAAACGUUAGUGUUUCAAGCAGUCAAGCUGCAUGAAAAUUUUACAAAAAGUAUAUAGAAAAAAGUCUUUCUAAAAUACAAAGUAUCAUCUCUCUACUUCCUAAAACUUGACUGUUUUUUAUAUCGAGAUUUAUUUCCCAUUCCACCUUCUCUAAACUACACUUUUAUCGCCCAUUAAUAUCACUUUUGAAUUGAAAAUUUAAUGGCUGAUUAGGCCAUUAAUUGCUCAAUGUAAAAGCUAUAAAAUCACCUUCUUAAAGGUCCUAAAAGUACACGUAAAACACUUUUCUACCCUGUAAAUUAACCUCUGAUCUUUUUCCAGCAUUUCAGCUCCGCCCGCGCCUAAAUUAAAUUAACGCCCUCGGGGCGAAUUACUUAAAAUAUGUCUCCAAUUAGUCUGGAAGCUUCGUUGGUUGCACAACUCAUUCAAUCGAUGCGUUUCCCCGGUGUUAUAAUCAAAUUUUUGCAGCCGUCGCUGACCUUUAGCAAUAAAAAAAACGAAGGUGAAUUAAGUCCGAGAUUAGAGAAGAAAUGCGGUUAGCGGGGGACGAAUAAAGCGAAUAUUCACUUUAUUCACCGAUAUAACCUUGAAUUGGGCUGUUUGUUAACCUGCGGAGGCGCUUCAAGAACUCGAGAGUUGCUACAAAUGUUUGGUUUUUUGAGUUUUGAAAGGUUUUUUGAGGGUACUCUGAAUACCCUUUCUAUUGUACUUUUAUUUUCUUGAUACUUUGCUUAUAAAAACAGGAUGGCCAACGUACCAACAUCUAAAAAUAUUAGCUUGUCGGUUGCAAGAACGAACGAGAUAUUUAGCCGUCUAUGCCAAUGGCAUAGCUGGGGGGAGAGGAGAGGUACACGUCAAACUGAGAUAAGCUAAAACAGUCCGGUGAAUGGAUUGGGAAUUUGCCAAAAAAAGACGCGAAAAAAGGUUUUGUCGGGGAAGAAAUGGGGAAUUUUUGGGGCGAGAGAGUACGCUUUUGCGUGACUUUUUUCUCUCUUUCUCUGGAAAUCAAGACGAAAUGUAAAAAACCGAUAGCGAAGAGUCUAUUCCGGUCACCGGACUCCUCAGUUUGACGUGAGGUACCCUCCUCCCAGAAAAAAAUGAAAAAAAAUUUUUUACAUGGUAGCCCGAAGCUUAGCAAAUAGAUGGCCCUGAUCCGAAGCUAACCGUUUUUGGCCACAUCUCUGGUUAUAUCAGUCUGUCGGGAAAAUAAUGUGGAUCCGUCGCGCCUUGUUAUCUCCUUUCCCCAUAGCUUUUGGACGGCUCACCGGAGCUGUUGGUUUGGUGCGCGACGAAUUUUUUUCUUGAGUGGCGUUGCGAUAAAUGUUUUAGGGGGUUUUCUCCCCUUACAAACCAAAAUUAGUCAGCUAAAUUUUACAUAUUCUGAAUCAGAAGAAUUUUGCGAUUUUUUUUGGUAUAUGUCUCGACCUGUUACUCCAUACCUCGUAGAAGUACUUUCCUUGUGAGGUAAAUCCACAUUAUUUUUCCGACAGGCUAGUAGUCUGUCGGUAAAGUCGCUGGAGUGAUUUCUGCGACAAGAAAUGUGAGAAAACAAAAGUUUACUUUAUAAUAUGCAAUUUCUUGCUUUUUGCACCGUGCAAAUGGCUUUUUUGGGCUGUCACUCGCAUCUGGCUUUUUUUCGCACAGUGUUGACGCCAAAACUCAAGUCCAGCGGCUUUCCGGAAGCCGAUCCUUUAAGUCGAGUAUUUCCUAUCAUAGUUGAUGUCAUCGGGCGUUGUGAGUGUUUCAAAUAUCGCUUUAACGUCACUUGAACCCCUUUGAAGUCCUCCCCGUUUGCUGAGGGCGCUCCAACUUUUCUGUUUGUAUUUGAAUUUGCGCAAAACAACAUAAAAAAGAGUCAAACAAGAUUUCGAAAAGCCGCGGUAAUUUGAGAAUAGGCGGCUGGGGAAUGAUCGCUCAUGAUUCGCAAAUAUAAUAGCCAUAUUGCGGGGCGGUGUCGUCGUAUUCCUGUAGCCGGAAUUCUAGGUUUUCCACUACGCAAAUUACGGUGGAUUUUUGGGAGUUUUUUAAAAAAUUUUUGAAGCAUUGCAAUCUUUAAAUUACCUAUGGUAACAUGCGUAGUAGAUAUCCGUUUGUCGGGAAAAUAAUGACCAAAAUUUUGCUGAAAAAAGCGAUUUGAUUUUGUCGCGACGAAAUUCAUUUUCUCGGCGGCGAAGCCAUUUUCGCUGCGACAGAGUACUCAUUAUUUUCCCGACAGACCGAUAAUAUGUACUUUUAAUAUUACUACAUUUAAAUCAGAUGUUUGUCACAUGAAGUUGUUUAUUUUUUCGCCCGAUUUUUAAUUCACCAUUCGGUCCAGCGUCUACUCUUCCUUAUCAACGAAACUUGUAAGCAGCCAAAGUUACAAACUGUUUUUCAUUUUUUUGUCAGCUUGCUGAUAUAAAUUUGCACUAAAUUUUGCAGUAAAUUGAUGACAAAAAUUAUGUUUUGAGUCGUCAAAUCUUCCAAAACGUCCCCUUUCAGUUCAAUUUUUCAAAAAAAGUAAAAAUAAAAAUAGAACUGAAUGUUUUAUUAUAUAAGAGUGAAGACAGAAGAUUUCGGAGGAAAAUUUUGAAAAUUUUUCGAAUUCACUUUUUUUUCGAUUUUGGAGUAAAAAUUUUUUUUUACUCCCAAAAAUGCCGAAAAAAAAGUAAACACGAAGUUUACUCCAGAAUUUGGAAAAAAUCUUGAUUUUCGGGAGUAAACUGGGAGUUUACUCGCCGGGGCCGAGAAAUCGAAUGGCGGCGAGUAAAUCUGGAUUUUGCUCGCUUCCAAUUAUUUCCUCAGCUAUCACAAAGGCACAGAUGACCUAGGACGUAAGGCGGGCGGCGUUAGUAAAUAAUUCGCGCCAAACUUACGAAAAAUUUUGCCGAAUCCUGACUGGGAGCCUCCCAGUCAGGAAUCCCGCGAUUCCUGCAGUCAGGAAUGUUUUUGACUGGGCGGCCUCAAAAUCGACAUCCCAGUCACCUGAGACGAAGAAACGGGGAGAAAAAACGAAGAGAGCGAGAGAAACGCGCGCUAUUUCGUGCUCUCUCUGCCUCUCUGCGCCCUCUCUUUGUUUCCCGCUCUUUCGCUCUCUCUCUCCUUUUUUUUGCGCUCUCUCGCUCUUUCUUUCGGAAAAGAGAGAGAGAGCGUGAAACGGAAAGAGGGCGCUGAGAGGCAGAGACAGCACGAAAUAGCGCGCGUUUCUCUCGUUCUCUUCGUUUUUUCUCCCUAUUUCUUCGUCCUAGUCAACAGUUAUUGACCCCCCACCCAGUCAAGAAUCGCGGGAUUCCUGAAUGGACCACAGUCAGCAAGUUUUGACUGUACGAAGAGUCAGGAACCCCGCGAAUCCUGACUGGAGCCUCCCAGUCAGGAUUCGGCAAAAUUUUUCGAAAGUUCGGCGCGAAUUACUAACGCAAAUAAAAAAUUUUUUUGCGUCUAGGGGUCAACUGUUCCCCGGGAGUAAACUCUGGAUUUACUCGCCGGCACCUUCGGCGAGUAAAUUCUGAGUUUACUCCAAAAAAAGGCGAAAAAAAAGUAAACUCGGAAUUCACUCCAAAAAUGGAAGUUUUGAAAGCUAUUUCGAUUCCUUCUCGCCGACCCAUAAAAUUUCUCGAUUUUUACUCUCUUUUUCAAAAAAAAGUGAAUUCGAAAAAUUUUCAAAAUUUUCCUCCGAAAUCUUCUGUCUUCACUCUUAUAUUUUAAAAAACAUCAUAUGGUUUUGCACACAUUUUUCAACCGCUUUAACGAUAUUAUUGGUCUUUCCGUUUUCGGAACACCCAAGUCUCUCUCCGACCCGUUUUCCUCGCCCAUUUUGAGACGUUCGACUUUUGGCGGGCACAACUUUUUUGGCGGCCCUUUUACGGCCCGAGGUUAUUUAUGUUUUGUUCGAGGAAGGUUGUUGGGAAGAGUUGGUCAAAACAAAACUUUUUAUGCUUAUUGUCUGUGGAAAAAAGAUUCGUAUUUUAGCAGGCAUAGCAGAGGCUUUGGAAAUUUCAAAACUCCGGGCCGACCUUUCCUGAGGCUGGGCUUGGGGUUCGGUCUAAUUUUGGGACCCUUCAGAAAAAUUUUUUGUAUUGAAAAAGAAAAUAGAGGUUGUGGGCAGAGAUUACCACGAUCAAAAUUUCGGCUCCGGCUCCCGGCUCCCAUGAAAAACUUAAAAAGGUCUGCGGCUCCAAAUCCCGGCUCCCGUGCAAAAAAAUUUUUUUAAUAUUUUUCCGAAAAAUAAACGUUAUUAGUGCCAGAGAUCAUACACCCAACGUUUUUGCAACCAAGUUGUAUGCAACACAUCCUUCCCAGUAUUUUUCAAUCAAUUUGGUUUAACAAGAUCAUGAAAAUUUUACUUUUCUGAACGCUGAGAAGCCUGGCUCCGACUUUGGGCUCGGGAGCCGGAGCCCCAACCAAAAUUUCCGGCUCCGGCUGUGGCUCCCGGCUCGGAGCCGGAGCCAAGAGCCGGUUCCGGAGACGUGGCAAUCUCUGGUUGUGGGUGACUUUUAAAAAGUUUCAAGACUAUUUAGAGCACUGCGGGCACUGUAAAGUUGUUUAUUUUCAAUUUGAUAGCCCACAUUGGGUCAAAAAACAUAAUGCCAAAAUAUUGCCAAGUUGGCGGGAAAAUUGCCAUUCAAAAUUAUUCAAAAAAAAAAUUUUUUUUUUACUACGAGAAAGUGCCAGUCUGUCGGCAAAAUAAUGUUUACAAAGUCGCUGCACAGAUCGCGUCGCUGAACUGAAAAGCAAUACGAUUUUGUCGCGACACAAUUCAUUUUCUCGGCGGCGAUUUUCCAUGCGACAGAGUGGUCAUUAUUUCCCCGACAGACUGGUAUUUUCUGCCGUAUUUUACCAGAAUCUACGUGUAUUUGAUCCAAAAUUGUUUGACAAUUUCCAGAUUCGAUUGCCUGCUGACCGUUAUACGGCCUUUCCGCAAAGACAUUUGUUUAUUUGUCGUAUUCCAAUCGGAUUACUUUUGAUGUUUCCAAUCUUUUUUUGUAAUGUUUUUCGCAAAAAAACUGGCUUGAGAACAGUCGAAUAGAUUGGUAUUCAAAUUGGUUUCUCACUUCCCUCUCAUUAGUUAUGGGCUGCUGGUUAUUGGAACGGAUGAGCGGAGGGGAAAGUACGAAAGAAAGUCUGGCUUAUUAGGCUUCUGUUUGGAUUUUUUGGGGAUGCUGACAGGACAAGCGAGGUGGGCCAAGUGCAACGCUCAGAUUUUGUUUAAAUUUCGCAAACAAUUUAGGCCAAGGGCGCAUUCUAGUCCUUCCGGAAAGUCAUCUGAGUGCUUUUUGGCGCCUGCAUUGUGCAAAAGCAAAAAUUCACUUUGCACUGUGCAAUUUCUUGCUCUUUGCGCCGUAGGCUUUUUUGGGCUGUCGCUCGCACACUGACUUUUUCUUCACGGUGCAAACCUCAAAAAUCAGUCCAGCGACUUUCCAAAGAAAUGACUACAGUGAGGGACCAUCCAGUGGCAAAAAACGUACCAUUUUGCAUCCGGGAAGCAUCAAAAAUGUGGCAAAAUGCUUCCCUCUUCAACUAAAAAACUUCGAUUUGAAAGGCGCGCCUUUUCCCUUACAAAAAGAGCGCUUUUGAAGUCGAAGUUUUUUCACUUGGAGAGGGCGGUAUUUUGCUACAUUUUUUGAUACUUCCCGGAUGCAAAAUGGUAUGUUUUUUGCCACUGAAUCAGGUCCACAACUGUAGUACAAGGUGGUUCAGCCGGAGCUUCCAACCUUAUUUCAAGUAUUUCUCCGCCAACAAUGCACCAAUUUUGAUAAAAUUUAUAUCAAAUUGAAGCUUAGGUACCCCAUUUUUUGUCUACCAGAGAUGGCAUGCCCAAGUUUACGGGGGCCCUCGUGCUGACCUUUUUUAUUUUUUUUUCCAAAUUUUCGAGCCCGAAAUCAGUGAAACUUACGAAAAUUUUUGCAAUGAUUUCGACUGAUUUUCUCGGACUUGGAAAGUAUUCGAGUGUCCCUUUUAGCUCAGCUCUUCCCUUUCACCUGAUUUAUCCAAAUUUUUCUUCAAGAUAACCCUCAAUACAGUAAUUUCUGCCCAUAAAAAUAAAUCUGUCUUCUCCUCUUCCCCCUUUCCAGCCAGCUCCUUCAAGCUCAGGACAAGCAUUUGGCGACGCGAGAUAAAUAAGAUAAGAGCCAAAAACAAGACCUGAAGCGCCGUUUCGCCCCUUAUAUGGCCGGCUAUUUUAUUUCCUCUAUUUUUUCGGGCCGAAAAGUGGAAGUUCGAAUCCUUCCUUUUUUCUUCAAUAUUUUGCGCGCGCAAUAUUUUUUGAUUAAAAAUGCGCUCAAGAGUGGAGAGGGGGCUCGGGAAAUGAGGAUUAAACCAGGGCUUUCUUGCGAUAGUUGCGCUAUAAGUGCGUGCAAAUCAUAGUUUGAUGAAUGUUGCGGGUUUAUGUGGGAAGAUCUAUUUACAUACUUGCCGCAUUGCCUUCAACAUGACACAAACAUUUAUUUGUUAUAUGUAAAAGGGAUUCUUUAUACGAAGGCCAAAAAUAGGUCCCACGGCUCGUGAAAUUGAUCGUUGUAAAGAGAGUUGAUUGUAUUGAAGUCUGUUGUAUUAUACUACCCGAGUCAAAAGACCUGGUAAUUUUUCACAGUGUGGGUUUGGGCUUUCUCGUUGCGGCAUAAUUCUACCCCUUUUCUGAACUCUACCCCUUUUUCAACUCUACCCCUUUUUGAACUUUACCCCUUCUCCCCCUUGAAUGAACUCUCCCCCUUUUUGAACACUCCCCCUCAUUUUGAAAAUUGAAAAAUUGAGGUGAGACAUCUUAUACGAUGAAAUUUUUUUUUUUUUUUUUAAAUUUUUUAAAAAUUUUUCUUCGUAUAAGAUGUCACAUCUUAUUUUUCUCAAAAUUUUUCUCAAUUUGAAAGAAAUUUUCAUCGUAUAAGAUGUCACACCUCGUUUUUACAAUUUGUAAAAAAUUUUCAUCGUAUAACGUGUCACACCUCGUUUUUUGAAAUUUCAAAGUGGGGGAGUGUUCAAAAAAGGGGUAGAGUUCAGCCUUUUUUAGGGUAGAGUUGAAAAAGGGGUAGGGUUCAGAUUGGGGGAAAGUUCAGAAAAGGGGUAGAGUUCAGGCUCAACCCGGCUUUCUGGCGCGUCGCUGCGAAAAUACAGAGGUUUUACUGCAAUGCGGGAAAGUUUCAAUAAGCAAUACGAAAUUUCUCAAUAUAAGUUUAAAAAUACGUAUAUUUUUGCAAUUUUCGGCCAAUCGCAAGGCCCUAGGAAAAUAAUAAUAAUAAUAAAGGUUUUGCUUUGGUCUCUUUCCCUAUAAAGGAGGCUUUGGUAACUUUAUCCACGCUCCUUUUCCUUCAUCUUUUUUUAAUGGCAUGAAAGAAUGUGUCCGUUUGAGGAAUGCCUCUUCAUCUAGAAGAUGCCAGCCAUAUUUUCUCGUAUUCUUUGAACGAUAAAUUUGGAUUAUAAUAAAUGAGCGGGCUUAAAAAAUUUUUUUUAUUGGGUUUGAAAAUUUUGGCUUUUUGAUGGCCAAUAAAAUUUAUUUCUAAAAUACGGCUCCUUUUCUCAAAAUUCAGACUGAAUGGUGGUCUAUAAAUCGCCCGAUAUUACUUACAAUGUCCAUUCUCUUUCUCGUUAUUACUCAUUUUCCAUUUCUCUCCCCGACUUCCGGGCGAUUAUUGCUCUCGUUUUUUUCCGGUUGAUUCACAUAAAGCGAGGGAAUUCGAUUGACUUUAUUCGAUCUCUACUGCCUCAGGGAAUCGAGAUUUUUUUUAUUUAUUUAUAGCUACCGUAUUUUAAAAAUUUUGAUUUUUUUUAAAUAAAAAAAAAUUUAUUAUAUUAAAUUAAACCUAUCUUGAUUGUAGGCCCCGCUACAGCGCUCCGACAGCUCGAACGUCAUAAUCGACGCCUCCAAAAUCCCGGUUCCCCGAUCUGCCAGCAGGAGUGGUCGUCCAACUUCGUCAAGGUGAGAAAUUAAAAAGAUUUUUGUGAAAUUUUAUUCAACAAAAAAAAUUUUCGCAAUUUAGGGUAUUUUUUGCUAAUUUUAUUUUAUUAUUUUUAUUUUUUUAAAUUAAAAAAAAUUUUUUGUUUUUUUUUAUAAAAAAAAAUUUCUUUGUUUUUUUAAAAAAAUUUCACGCAGACCUAAGAUCUUUUUGCUUAUUUUAUUUUUAUUUUAUUUUUAUUUUUUUUUUUAUUUUUUAAAAUUUAAAAAAAAUUAUUAUUUUUUAUUUUUUUUAAAUCUAAAAAAAAUUAAAAAGAUUUCACACCUAUCGAAGAUCCCUCAAAACCAUAUUUUUCUAAAUUCCAACCACCUAAAACUUUUUUUUCGAACUCUUUUCCCAGGCCAAAAUUAGGGUAUUUUUUUGCUAAUUUUAUUUUAUUAUUUUUAUUUUUUUAAAUUAAAAACAAUUUUUAUUUUUUUAUAAAAAAAAUUUUUUUGUUUUUCUAAAAAAAAUUUCACGCAGACCUAAGAUCUAUUUAUUUAUUUUUAUUUUAUUUAUUUUUUUUUAUGUUUUUUAAAUCUAAAAAAAAUUAAAAAGAUUUCACACAUAUCUAAGAUCCCUCAAAACUAUAUUUUUCUAAAUUCCAACCACCUAAAACUUUUUUUUCGAACUCUUUUCCCAGGCCAAAAUCAAUUGGUCACUCAGGAUUUAGUGGGCCCGAAAAAACGAAAAGAAACAGCCGAAUGGCAUUCGCUGACAAGGCUUUUGGAUUAGUUUUUGAGAAAUGAACCUCCGACCGGAAACGAUUCUUCAACAGAUCUACUUUUUUUUCCGAUGUUAAAUUGUGUUUACAAUUAGGUAGGGGCAAAGAGAAAACGCCGGCUUAUAUUGGUCUGUCGGGAAAAUAAUGUGCAAAAUGACGUAUCCAAAAUCGGAUCACCGCCCUGAAAAUGAUUUGUGUUGCGGCAAAAUUAAAUUGCUUUCAUUUCAGCGACGCAUUUGGCUCAGCGAUAUUGGGCUCAUUAUUUUCCCGACAGACUGAUAUAAGAAAUUUUUUAGAAAUUCAAAAUUUAAUUUUUACCUUUUUUUAACAUUUAUGAAAACGUUUUUCUUAUUUUUUUGAAGAAAAAUUCAAAACAUUUGAAAUCCCGCCAUUUUUGGCAUUCUGUUCUAGAGGCCAAUAAAGCAUAAGACAAUGUUUUGAAGUGUCCGGAAAUUAAUUGUAGGAUGUUAGAAUGAGUAAUCCACCUUGUCCUUUGAUUUAGUGGUGCUUUAGACUAGAUUUAUAUUAUUCAUGAUACUUCUAAAAAAAAAUUUUUGAAGAAAUUUGAGUUUUUUUUCGAUUUUUGAUAUUUCAAAGGGGAUAGAUAAGGCUGUAAAUUGUAUUAGAUGUUGUUUAUAAAAGUUGAAGGUCAAAAAAAAUAUUUGCAAUAAAAUUUUUAACCAUUUCCCCCGAUUUUCCCACCUAAUUUCCGCCCCACUUUCAGACGGAGCUCCUCGCUGUCAAAAAACGUGCGUGCCCGCAGCGUGCUCUCGACCCCACCGCCUCCCGUGCAGCCCCCCAGUCUUCAGUCCACCUCCACCCACGAGGAGGCGGCCACUUUCUCCGCCGACCGUCCGCCGGCCGCGCCCGCGCGUGGCGCCGCCAACGGGCUCACCGGCCGGCUUCCCGACCCCUUCUUGACGCAGCGCCCGCCCACGCCGCCCACCGCCAAGCACUCGGCGUUGAGGGCGCCCACCGCGUCCAGCGCGCUGGUCUUCCCGAAGGCGCGGGGAUUGGUGGCGGGAAGACGGUAGGAAAUGCCACAGAGAAUAUUAAUAGAGGUGAUUUGGAUCAUCUGAGGCUGUGUAAUGACCGAUUAAGGCAUUCAGAAGGCGAUUUGGGCCUUCUAAAUGAUACAACAUUAGAUUUCAAUGCCUCAGAACACAAAUCACCCUCCGAAAAUCCCUCCACCCGUCUAGCAUGGGAGCUGGCGGAGGAUGAAGAUGAAACCAAUCAAUUUUACGACCAAAAUAUCGACCUUUUCGACCGAUUGUCCGCGAAAAUCACUUUGAACUCGCUCCUCGGACAAAGAAACAAUGAAUAUUACACUGUAAACGAAAGCCACGAGAACCCCCGAAAUGGCCCAAAGAACGGCCGAAACAGUGGCCUUUCGGUGGCCGAGAACAAAGCCGAAGACCAACGGAACAACAACCAUGUUACACUCGACCUCAUGAACAAUCAAAUCGCGGAGAAAAAACGCCAAAAAGACCCAUUCGCCCGCUUGAAUUCGCGCCUUCAAUUGACUGUUGAGAUGCUCAACGACUACGCCUUGGACUACACCAACGAUCAGCCCAAGUAUGGAGGCAAUGCGACGACGAAUUUGCUUUCAAAUACUCCUCGAUUCGGCUUCAAAUUCGAGUCGAAGCCGAUGAAUAUCAUGACGGAUUCGGAUGGAAAGUAUUCGAAUUUUUUGGGCACACCAUACAAAAAAUCGUCUUGUUCGUCGUCGCAGCGGAUGUCCUCGGUUUCGUCGAGUUCCCCGUCGAUUAAAGAUCAGCAUUCUCCGUCGUCAGGGGUGUUCACCGACCCGGAAGAUCCCCCAUGCUACGGCGAUGGGGUUGAUCCGGCCAUGGUGCUGUCGGCGAUUGAGAAUAUAAGGUGAGUCGGAUGUUUCAUAUGAGUAAUAGAUAAGAAAAGAUCGAGCGAUUUUUUGCGGAAAGACAAUUUUUUUGUAAAAUAAGCAUAAAAAAUCGCAGAAUAAAUGUUAUCAGUCUGUCGGGAAAAUAAUGAGCACUCUGCCGCAUGGAAAAUCGCCUCGCUGAAGUGAAAAGCAAUUUGAUUUUGCCGUGACACAAUUCAUUUUCUCGGCGGCGAUGCGAUUUUCGAUGCGACAGAGUGCUCAUUAUUUUCCCGACAGACUGACAAAAUGCUUGGGACACUGUAAAGAUUUUAUUUUCAAAUCGCGGUCCUUCAGAAAGCCUAUCAAACAUCUCCAACGUGUCCUAAACAUAAUAAAAUUCACAAACUACAGUGGGGGACCUGAUCCAGUGGCAAAAAACGUAUCAUUUUGCAUCCAGGAAGUAUCAAAAAUAUAGCAAAAUACCUCCCCCUCCAGGUGAAAAAUGACGGAUUUCAAAAGCGCGCCCUUCAUAAUGAAGUUUUUUUCUCUUGGAGAUGGAGGCAUUUUGCUACAUUUUUGAUACUUCCUGGAUGCAAAAUGGCACUUUUUUUGCCACUGGAUCAGGUGCGUCACUGUAUCACGGCAUUUCGUUCCAAGCGGUUGUUACUAUACCAAAAUACGCCAUGAAGUUCGUAUUCCUUCUGAAUUUUCAGACCCUACUCCAAGAAGCCUCCAAUUCCACCAGUCCGCUCGCUAAGUCGUUGUUCAUCCACUUCGUCCGUUCCUUUCCGGCCCUUCAAACCCACCAAGAUUCCUCAAAUGUCCCGGUCCAUGAUGUCCACGCCGGACGCUUCCCCAUCUCGUCCUCCGUGGCGAAUGUCGUCCUCAAUGUUUUCGCCAACCCUCCGCGAAGGCUAUCUCGAUUCGUCACAUGGCUCUUGCGAACAACUGGCCGAAGUGGAGGGUUUCGAAACACCAAGACAAAUGAUGUCCAAUUCGUCGACCAUUCGUUGCAUUUCGAGGAUCAUCCCCAUGCCUCCGGCCAUUGUUUCGCCACUUUGCACGGUCCGACUACGCGCCAGAACCGAGAGCCCGCCACCGGACUCGAUGAACUGCUCCAUGAACUGGGAGGCGUCGAUGAUGAGCCAGAGCGUUUACGCGCCAACGGAAGAGGAGAAGAGAGCGGUGGAGGAGAGAUGGAAGAUUCGAGACAUGGACAGGUUCAAGUGAGUCAAUCGAAUUUUUGUUGAAUUAGAUACGCUGAUCGCGCUUUGUUGACAUUUUUAGGGGCCUAGGACAAAUUGACAAAGUUUUGUUCUUGAUCAAGUGACAAAAAAUGUACCAUUUUGCAUCUGGGAAGUAUCAAAAAAUGUGGCAAAAUACCUCCCACUCCAAGUAAAAAACUCCGAUUUCAAAAGCGCGGCUCUUUUUGUAAGAGAAAAGGCCCUUCAAAACGAAGUUUUUUCACUUGAAGAGGGAGGUAUUUUGCCACAUUUUUUUGAUUCUUCCCGGAUGCAAAAUGGUACGUUUUUUGCCACUGGAUCAAGAACAAAACUUUGUCAAUUUGCCCAAGGCUCUUAAAAAUGUCAAAAAAUGUGGCAAAACGCCGCCCUCUCCAGCUAAAAAACACCGUUUUUAAGGGCCUUUUCCCUCACAAAAGAGCCGUGCUUUCGAAAUCGGAGUUUUUUCACUUGGAGAGGGAGGUAUUUUGCCACAUUUUUGAUACUUCCCGGAUGCAAAAUUUCUCGUUUUUUGCCACUGGAUCACUGUACAAGUGAAGGAAAAAUUUGUUCGUUAUAGAGGGGUUUUUGUCGCACUAAGGCUCAUUUUGGCUUGAACGAGACUUUGACUCGCUGAGCUGGUUCAGUGUAGAUUUCACACGCACUGUGGGAAGAUAAAAUUUUUCUUUACACCGUGAAAAAGGCUUUUUUGGGCUGUCGUUUACCCCCGGUUUUUUUCGCACAAUAAAAGCGCCAAAAAUCAAUCCGGCGACUUUCCGAAAAUCUAGUGCUCAUUUUAUCAUCCUUUUUUAUCCAAAUUCGCUCUUACAGUGACGGACCUGAUCCAGUGGCAAAAAACGUUCCAUUUUGCAUCCGGGAAGUAUCAAAAAAUGUGGCAAAAUACCUCCCUCUUCAAGUGAAAAAACUUCGUUUUUAAGGGUCUUUUCCCUCACAAAGAGCCGUGCUUUCGAAAUCGGAGUUUUUUUCACUUGGAGAGGGCGGUAUUUUGCCACAUUUUUGAUACUUCCCGGAUGCAAAAUGGCUCGUUUCUUGCCACUGGAUCAGGUCCGCCACUGUAAAUCUAGUCUUCAUUCGCUUUAUAUUCCAAAAUUUUUCGCUUUUCAGAAACUCCUUUGGCGGCCGAGUCCAAUGCGCCGAACGGAAGCUCCGCUUGUUCCCCUCUCGCCACUCCCAUUGCACUGACUGCCGUUCAGUCGCGAUUCGACGGCGUUCCGGGCGAAUUCAGAAGCCUCACGUUUCGCAGCGAGAUCCCUGCGUUUGUCGGAAAAAAGCUUGGCUGACCAGUCUUUGGAAGGAGCAGAUUAGGCCAAAACUCCCGACAAUAAAGCCCAUGGACUUGGCGUUUGUUUUUGGAUUUGUCUCGUUCAUUGCGUACAUGGUCGAGUUGUUGUUCUUUGCUUGA